UUACGGAAGUUGAGUUAGAGACCGGAAGUGGCAGCGAUGGAGAGCGAGUAUUCGGAUCCGGAACUGGCAGGUUUGGGAGAGACAGAAAAUGGAGAAAAUGCCCCAGUGUACUGCAUUUGCCGCAAGCCAGAUAUCAACUGCUUUAUGAUUGGAUGUGAUCACUGCAAUGAGUGGUUCCAUGGAGACUGUAUCAACAUCACAGAGAAGAUGGCCAAGGCUAUUCGGGAGUGGUACUGCAUGCAGUGCCGAGAUAAAUAUCCCCACCUGGAGAUUAAAUACCGACAUAAGAAGAGCAAGGAUAGGGAAAAGGAUACCGAGCGGGACGAGAAUGAAGAGGUAAUGAGGAGCGACAAGAGGAGGAAUAGCACGAGCAGUGUCAGUAAGCAGCAGAUUAAACGCUCUGCAAGGAUGUGCGGUGAGUGUGAAUCUUGUAGCCGCACAGAAGAUUGUGGACAAUGUGAUUUCUGCAGAGACAUGAAGAAGUUUGGAGGUCCCAACAAGAUCCGUCAAAAGUGCCGCUUACGUCAGUGCCAAGUGAGAGCACGGAAAAUGCUGCGUGUUAAGGACGAUGAAAGUACAGUGUUUAGGGAUACCCCAGAACCGUCCAGCCUUGCCGAAUCUCUCUCCGAUGAUGACCUUCCACUGGACCCAGAACUGUACCAAGAACUGUGUGCUGGAGGAGCUUUCGAUGACCAGAACUUGCCGUGGCUCAGUGACACAGACGACGCUCCGUUUCUCGAUUCUGUGCUGAGGAAGAGAGCCGUCAAAGUAAAGCACGUUAAGAGACGCGAGAAGAAGUCAGACAAAAAGAAAGAUGACAAGUACAAGAGACACAAGCAGAAGCAAAGGCACAAGGAUAAAGCCAAGCACUCGGAGCGCUUGGAAAACAGAGAUUACUCAUCAUUACGUCAGUGUUUAGGGCCAAGCUGUGUCCAGCCAGCCCGAGCCGGCUCUAAGUACUGCGCCGAUGACUGCGGCAUGAAGCUGGCAGCCAAUCGGAUCUACGAGAUCCUCCCACAGCGCAUCCAGCAGUGGCAGCAGAGUCCAUGCGUUGCUGAAGAACAGGGAAAGAAGUUGCUGGAACGGAUCCGCAGAGAGCAGCAGCAAGCUCGUACAAAGCUUCAAGAAAUGGAGCGUCGCUUUCACGAGCUGGAGGCAUUAAUCAGCAAAGCCAAACAACAGCAGAUCCGAGAGGAUGAAGAGACCAACGACGGGGACAGUGAUGACACUGAUCUUCAGAUUUUCUGCGUGUCCUGUGGCCAUCCAAUAAAUCCCAAGGUUGCUUUGAGGCACAUGGAUCGCUGUUAUGCCAAGUAUGAAAGCCAGACAUCCUUUGGAUCCAUGUACCCAACCAGAAUUGAAGGAGCUACCCGUCUCUUUUGUGAUGUAUACAACCCUCAGAGUAAAACCUACUGCAAGCGGCUACAAGUCCUCUGUCCAGAACAUUCCCGAGACCCCAAGGUGGCAGCAGACGAAGUGUGUGGCUGUCCCAUCACAAAGGACGUCUUUGAGUUGACAGGUGACUUCUGCAGAGUCCCGAAGAGGAAAUGUAACCGGCACUACUGCUGGGAGAAGCUGCGGCGGGCUGAGGUGGAUUUAGAGCGCGUCCGCGUGUGGUACAAACUGGAUGAACUCUUUGAACAAGAACGCAACGUCCGAAUGGCCAUGACCAACCGUGCCGGACUCUUGGCUCUCAUGUUACAUCAAACCAUCCAGCACGACCCCGUGACCACAGACCUUCGCACCCACAUCGAACGCUGAGCCUGAGAAGCUUCCAUAUCUUGUCUUUACGGAAAGAGAGAGGACUUUGUAUUAAAAGCUGACCUUUCUUUACAUUUUAUAAAAGUUGUGCCGAGCUGGUGUAUAAAGAGACUGCAGUUUGUUCGGAAUAUUUCUUAUGUUUUGUUCUUUCCAAAGUUUGUGAAUCUCACACGGUUUAUGUACAUGGUGGAAAUUCAGUCUCUUACCGGCCAUUUUUAAAUGACAGAAUCUUUCAUUGUCAUAUACUACAUUGAAGCGCACAGAAGAUUUUUUGUUUUUUGUGGUCUGCUGAGAAUAAUUUCAUGAGUGUUCUGAAGACAAUACUUUCUAGUUGGCUCUUUAUUAGAAUACACUAGCUGAGAGAUUUUCAACUACAAUUUUCCACAUUAAUGUGUCUUGUAUUUUAUUGGAAUUAUAUGAAUCUGAUAUUUUUUUUAAUAGACCACUCCAU